AUGCUGCUGCUGUGGACACUACUGCUGUGCUGCAGGCUGCUGCACCAAGCCCGAGGGAUGACCCACAGUCCUCUCCUCCUGAGGAUCAGUUGGAGCCAGCUGGAAACAGACAUUUCAGAUCUAUUCACAGAGCACCAGGUCCUGAAGAAUAUUAUCAGGGUGCCAGUAACUGGAUCCCCAAGUAAGGAUGUGUCUGUCCUGGACUCCCUGCCCUUCGUCAGAAAGGAGUUUGUUGGGAAGAAGAAUGGGUUGGACCUGUCACUUGUUGGGGACCUCCUCUCUGGGAAGACCAUGCCUGAGCUGAAGAAGCUACUAGAAACAGCUGGGUUGGUCAUAGAAGAUGCCAAGGGACCAGAAGUCACCCUGGAAAUUCUAAGUGACAGCCUGCUACAGAUCACACUGCGCUGCAAACUGUACCUCUCACUCCUGGAGGUCCUGUGGCUAAAAGUCAUCAAGAACAUACGCAUUGGAGUACGGCUAGAACAGAUAGGGAACAAGACCCAGGUGGCCUUCGAGGAGUGCCAUACGCCACCUGGAAGCCUGAGCAUUGAGGUCCUGAAGCAAACAGACACCCUGCUGCCAAACCAGCUGCUGAAACUGGUGACUGAGAUCCUGGAUGAGUCGCUGCCGUUCCUCCUCCAGAAGAUUGUGUGCCCUGUGACCACAAACCUGCUCAACUCCCUGCUGGAAGAUCUGCUAUACAUCACUCUCCCUCCAAUCAUCUCGGGUCCCAGUGAUUUCCAGUACUAUUUGACCAGCACGGAGUUCACAGAGGGAGCCAUCCUGAUGAGACUGCAGCUUGUGACUCCCUGUGGCCCACACCAGCGGGCCUCAAGGUCAAAGCAUAUGGCUCCCCCACCUCUCCCAGGAUUAGCCCAGGACAGCAAGGCAGAUUUUGCCUUUUGGAUAGAAAUCUACAAUGACAUCCUGUCCUGUCUGUACACCAACCAGGAGAUCUUUGUGGAGCCCCAAGACUCCUUGGAAACCGGCCUCUGGGAGCUGUUGUCCCAGAGUGGCCCGACGCCCCAGCCAGAGGCUCAUAAUCUGACCAGAGGGAGACUGGCACUGAUCAUCAGCACCCGGGAUCCUCCCACUGUCCACCUUGACGGCUUCAGGGCCACAGUCACCCAGCAGGGCUUACUGAUGCUGCAAGGGACCAACAAUGUCUCCUCUGGUGCAGUUGCCUGGCAACUCCUCUCCAAAGCUGUGUUCUCCUCAAAAAGUCAGAAACUGAAACUCCAGUUCAUUCCACACAGCGCUGUGGUCACCUUGGGUCCCUAUCCCACCAUCACUGAGAAGCAGGGAGAGCAUCUGAAGGCCUUGCUCUUGGAGGUCCUGAAGAGGCAGCUCUUGCCUCACCAUAACCAGUGGCUCAGAGAGCAUGACCUCCCACUGCCUAAUAUCAAGGGCAUCUCCUUCGGCCAGGCCCAAGUGGACUUCUCUGAGAAUUACAUCCUGCUGACCAUUCCUGAGUAGCUGCUCUGCAGAGGGUCAGUCCCUGCCCCCAGCUGCACAUGCUCAAGACCCCAAAGUCCAUGAUCAGCUUCAGUCCCUGUGGAGUUCUCAGCUGUAAUAAAGAUGUUUCCUCUGUG